AUGCGUCUGAAAGUCGCGUUAGAAGCACUUCUACUUUUCUCUUUUAACGAAAUUGCCUUCGCUUCUGUGAGUCCUUCAAAGUUGGAGGACCUGAAGAAUGUGGCAAUGUCUGAGAAAGAGUUUAAGAGAGUGCAGCAGCUGCAUUAUAGUUGGUACAUCCAGGCCAUAGAAGCCCUCCUAGGAGCUAUGGGUAAGGAGUUGUACACGAAGAUGGACAGGAAUAAUCGGAGAGCGUUUGUGGCAUGCUUGGAUAAUAUCGACAAAGAGUACGACCUGCGGUCUGGAGCACGAUGUUUAGUAAAGGCAUUCGAUAAUAAUUUAGUCACGUCAUAUCCAUACGCUCUUUAUCGUUCCAACUAUGACUUCGUUGGUAAUGAGCCGCAGAUGCAACGGCACAAUGAAUCUAAAACGAAGACAGCGUUUGCAACCCCAGACCUGACGUUGCUGAAGCUCAAACUCAGAAAAAGGCACCAUCCAAGGCUUAGGCAUCGCAAGAAGGACUCAAGAGCGAAAACAAGAAAGAUGCGGAAACCUUUUCAAUAUUUGCAUGCGAAUGUUCGGCGACAUAAACCAGUCAAAAGGGAGAUUCGUGGGGUGAUAUUCCCAAGCUCACCGCGACUAAAACGACGUUCCAAAAGAAGUUUAUUUACUUUUCCCCAGCAGGAAGCAGUCGUCACUGAGGAUAAGGAUUUGGAUGAUGCCAGUAAUUUCGCCUUUGAGCGCGUAAACAUGAAGUCAAUGCCACCUCUGGCCACUGAAAAGAGGACAUUUAUCAAGGUAGUUACCGAUUUUCUGGGAUCCUUUUGGAGGGCCACCAAUAGCAGAACUGAAAAGGAACGCAUGCCUUUGAGUGGCACAUAUGCCAGACUUUUGCAGUUGCAAAAUAAAGUGACGAAAAUGAGGCGCGAAGCGCGAUUCAAGCAUCGUAUGCUUGAUAUGGUCAUUGGAAAGAACAAUCCCCUAAGGAGGAGAAAGAAUAUGAUUGACAGAAUUCGUGAUUUAAUGCCAGACAAGGUCAUGGAUAAGAAUUUAUACGGACUGAUGAAAGCUGUGUCCAGACACGUUAAAAACCCGAAUGUACAGUUCCUAUCACCGCGUAUUCUUCCUCUGCUGCCUGACAAGUAUCGCGAAUCAGGAAAACUGCUAUCACCAGAUCUAUUUCCGUUCUAUAAAGACAAAUCCAAGGAUAGCAUUUUGCCACUGCCAGAAGUUUUAAAAGAUGUUGGCUUAGAUUCCGGUGAUCGAAAGGCUGUCAUUGAGUUAUUGAUGGAAGUUACAGGUGUAAACGAUGUCGUUGAAAAGUCGUUGCAAUACGUUAGUGAUCUCAAAUCGUUGAAAUUGGACAAAGACAUAAAUGAAAUCACGGCUGCGAUAGACGGCGUUUUCAGAAAUCUUGAAAAAAGUCUGGAUUUGGAACAAAAGCAAGAGCUAAAAACGCGCCACUUUGCUUUUCUCAAAAAGGAGCAAUUAGAAAAGUUAUUCGAAAAAGGUAUCUAUAACUUAACUUCGCGCGAUCUUCCGUUUGACCUCAAUAAGUAUGGCGAGAUGAGUCGCGCAGAGCUGGAAGAAUCCCUGAGAAAUACAGUUCGUUUGCUCGCUAACGAAUCCGCACCUCAUGGUCGAUCCAAAAGGGACGUGUCCGUUCUAAACCCUACUACAUUAGCACCAUUUAUGUUUGCGCCGACUAUUCUGACUCUAGUCGUUCUUGGGCCAGUAACCUUGUCACCAUAUAUAUUUUCUCCAAGUAUCUUAUCUCCAACUGUUUUGAGUCCCAUAACUCUAUCGCCCUAUAUAUUUUCGCCGGGUAUAUUAUCGCCGACUGUUCUGAGUCCGCCGGUGCUUUCCCCGCAGGUGGCUAACCCACUAAUCUUAUCGCCUUAUGUGCUUGGUCCCAAUGUGCUUUCACCAGCUGUGAUGAACCCCUACGUGCUCACACCAUAUGUGUUAUCACCAAAUGUUCUCAAUCCAUACGUGUUGUCGCCUCUGGUUUUAUCACCAUUCGUCCUUUCUCCUGAUGUUCUUUCUCCUACGGUGCUAUGUGGGGGCGUGCUAUCACCAAAAGCGUUCUCGCCCUCUCUUGCGUCAGACGGAUGGCUGGGUGUAGACGUUCUCUCUCCGAGUUUCAUGUCUUGAGACACGUGAGACAACGGUGACAUUAAUAAGUUGGGC